AUGGCAGCAACGUCCGCGCAAAGCUGUGUGCGCUAUUGUAUCACGCAGCAACACACAGAGCAUGUCUUGGACGUUGCUGCCUCGUUGGAAGUUGGCAAGGCAAGUCAAACGCGCCCAAGUUCUCGCGAGCAGUGCAGUAGGUACUUCUUUUCUGCUACCACUGACUCGAACGACGAAACGACUGGGCGAUGGCGUUGUACCCUCUUCCAGAGCAUGUACGCCCAAGAAGAAGGCAGGGGUUACACGAAUCUACUAAAUCGAAAUCGCGCACAGCAUCGAAAUCGCGAACUGCAAUAA